GUUCCAAACUGGGACGUCCCACUGGAAAUGUCUUCUGUGUGAACUGGUGAGGCUGUCAGAUCGUCCCGGCCCCGCACUCUGCUGACUUCUCCUCUGGUCCCUGCUCUGCAAAGCUGAAGGUAAGAGCGCUCACUCUGCACCAAAAUCUACAGUCUCAGUCCAUCAUCGAGUCGGUGAAAGUCCUUCAGGUUACGCUUUAGAAAAACUGCAAAAGUUAAUGGUUUACUUUUUAACUCUGCAAGACAAAGAGGGAGAGAGGAAUCAAAGUUUAGAGGAGCUUUCAGUAAGUUUGGUGCAUAUUCCUCUAAUCUGAAACAAAUCCACAUCAGUUUUAAUCAAUCAAUCCAAACUGAAACAAACAGAAUAACCUUCUAUCUUGAUUUUUGUUGCAUUAACUUCAGCUGCUUCAAUCAUUGAAUUCACUCCAGUUUUAAAACUUCUUGCUCGAUUACCUGCAUCAGACUCUCCAGUAAUGGCUCACAUUGUUUUGGAGUCUGUUUCUCAGUUUUCCCUUUACUUUUCUAACAAUUGAGACUCACUGAAACCUGCUUUACAAUGACCACCAUCUGCUUUUAAAGGCCUCAAAUCUCUGUGAACAAUCUCCUCUGUUAUUACGACUCAAACAGCUGCGAGGAAAAUCACUCCCUGCAGGUAAACAGGCUGUGAUUAUGAGGAUUCAUUCUCUGAGGGGGUAUUGUGUGCCACAUCGGCAACAGGAGGGAAAGAGGGGGAGGAGGGGGCUUUGUGGGUAAAAGAAAAGGGGGAGGAAGGAGAUGCAAACUCAGGCUGAAAGUUUUGUAUUUCUUCAUGACCUAAAGGUUUGUUUUCCACCGUCAAACAUCGAGGAAAUCUGCAGCAAGAUUUGAACUCGCAUGCUGUCUGUGUGUCUUUGGAUACUCCCAGCUUUGCAAACAGACCUCUGCAUGGUUUGUCAGCAAAGUUGUGAAAAUAAACACUGAAAGAAAAAUCAGCAGGAGGGAAAGAAAGGAGGGAAGAGGAGGAUAAACGUGGGUGGAGGGGACUCCAGCACAGCCUGAUAGAAAAAUGGGAGCAUUUCUCUCACAAAUAUCUCUCCCUCCCUUCAUCCCCUCUCUGAUUACUGCAUGUAGAGGAAUGCAGGUUGCCAUGGUGAUCGAUCACCAGCUGUUUGAAAUGCUCUGUUCGUUAGUUCAGACGCCUUCAAGUGUCAAGACGUCACAGAUUAGCAGAAAGAGGCAGAAAUUCCUGUGCGCUCUCGGUCAUUGUUGGUCCGCAGCUGUUCUUCAUGUUCUCAAAGAGGAGAAAUCUGAACAGAGUGUCAGCGCAAGAGUGGGAUCGCCCUGCUGUUUCAACAUGACAAUCCCACUCUGCACAAAGACAGCAACAUGUAAAAAUAGUUUCCUGAGUUUGUUUUAGGAAAACAUGACAAGUCUGCACCCAUGAGAUCAAACAGGCAAGAAACCAAGAGCACAGUUGAAGAGCUGCAGAUAAAUAGAAGAAACUCAUGUAUGGUGGCCCUGAAGGUUCGCUGCACAUGAAGUGAAAAACAGUCCAUCAAAUGCCAGUCAUUUUAGUAAAUGCAAAAUUGUUUUCUGACACAGUAGAAUGUCUAGAAAUCGUGCAAAAUAAUCUCAGAUUUCACAAUAAUUUGGACAUUCCCAAAGUGUUAAGUGAACGAAAAUCCUUCACAAAAUAAAUAAAUAAUUACUAAAUGAUACAUGAUGUCUCUUUUUUUGAGUGGUAACAACAUGUUUGACCUUCAGGGCCACCGUAGUCAUGACUUGUCUGCAGUUAGUCUCAAAGCCCAUAGAAAGAACGUUGGUGGGAUCUGUUUAUUUUUCAUCCACGUCUCUAUCUGAGCUUCACUGUGCAACCGUGCACAUGCAGUUUCCUUUUUUACGUAUGUCUAAAACCAAAAAAAGUCUUUGAUGAACAUGUAUGUGGAAAAAUCAUCUGUACAGUUUAAACACACUCUUUUACAUCCUCAUGCUGUUUCUUCAUCUCUCUGCUGAAGGAGGAAGGCUUUAGAACAAAGUAAAGAUACUUAAAGCUCCUGUGAGGAACUUUAGCUUCAUGGCAGAUUUGGCACCCCCUGUGGACAAAGCAAUCUUUGCUGAUCUGGCAUCCUCUACAUCCUUUGGUUGUGCAUUCCCUUUAUUAAUUGUUGGUAUUUGAAUACAGGACAGUUUCUGAGCUGCUUGGUCGACACCUAAAAACCCCUAUAGGAGCUUUAAUAUUCGGGUGGAUUGAAAUUCGACAUCAGACUCAGUGUCUGUUCUAUACUGGUUCUUGACUGGAAGACUCAAACCCUCCUAUAUGCAUACGUGUGAACCUCAGAUUCAUGGUGGACGUUGAUUCAGGGUUAAUGUUGCUCAGUUUUAAUAAAGUCGAGGCUCUUUGGGUCUUUUAGCAAAUCCUCCUCCAUUCUUAGACUGAAUUACUUGUUACAGGAGAGAAAUAGAUGCCAUCCACAUGGUGUUUUUGUUUUCUGUGUUGGUCACACCUGUCGAGGGUUUCCCCGUCUUUCUUUAGGAGGACUGAAGGACAAUUAUUCUGCAUUAGUAUGAGACCGAGCUCUCCUGGCUGCUUAAUUGUUGAGGUGGCAGGUUUGGACCGAGAUGGGAGGAGGAAGAAGAAGGAGGAGGAGGAAGAGUAGAGGGGUGUUGGCAUUUAAGCUGUGGAUACUGGGAAAUACCGGGCCAGCUUGGCACCCUGUAGAAAAAAGUCUAAUCCCCAGACAGGAAGGAAGGAUUGUGCAGCUGUCUGGACUCGACGUGGAGGAGAAAGAGCUGGAGUUUAGUGUCAGCAAAGAAAGACAAAGAGAGCGAAGGAGGGAGACGAGAAGAAAAGGGGGAAGAAACAGCAAGACAAAGAGGUGAUGGGUAGACUGAUGACUAAGCAAAACAGAGUAAGAAAAGGAUUAGAGUCAAGACCAAUUAGAGUGUAAAGGAAAAAAGGAUGAAGAAAGAACCAUAAAUCUACUUCUCUUGUUUAUUCAGCUACGACAGCGAUGACUAACGCCACAUUUGUUUGUUGAAUUUGAUGCAGAAGCUGUAAAACACAUCCCUGCCUUUAUGUCACUAAAUACCACCUCAAAAUUUAUACUUUAGCCGCUCCAAUCCCUGUAAUUACUGACGCAGAGAGAGCUAAAGCUGUAUUUAUGUCACAGUGAUGUGUUUUAUUAUUGCUUUUUUAUCUUAACCUUCAAUUUUUGUCACUAGAAAAGCUUCAGUGGUGAUGAAAAUAUUGAAAAUCGUAAUGAGGGGUGGUUUUUACUCUUUUAUAGCUGGCUGGCUGCCAUAUUAACUGCAGCGUUGAUGCAAUAAAAAGAGAGAAACAGAUUACUGGAGAUGACUAGAGUAGUUUGCAAAGAGAUUUGUGCAGAGAUGGGUUUAACAGAUGAAGAUGAAGAUUUGGGUUUCCAUCUGAGGCAUUAAAGGACCUCGAUGACAGCAGUAUGUGCACAAUAGUCGUAAUAAUUAUGUAAAAAUGGGAUAAAGAAAGAGAAAGAAAAGUGCAAUCAGAGCAUGGCAGUAAAAUAGCUUUGUGCAAGAUGUAUGUGGGCUUUUAUGUGCAGAGAAAAACUGAUGGCAUAAAGAAAGAGUAUGCAGAAAAGGGGGGAGGGGUAAUCAGUCAAAAAGGACAAAAACUCAGGUUACAUAUGCCCCAACUUCUCCUCUUCCUCUUUCCCCAUGAGUGAUCCUCCACUCCACCGCUCCUGUUCGUGCUCUUUGUGUGCGGACGCUGAUUGAAAUGACUCUGAAGCUGCUCUUUGUCUUGGCAGCUCGUAUGGAUUCCCCCCUCCAGUGCCCUCUGAGACAAACUGGAUGUGUCAGGUGUCAUAUUACUAGUGGAGGAAGGAGUUCGGAUUGAAAGAGUGAGAUAUCUGAUGUCAAAGCGAAUCCGCAGCUCGCUAGAAGCAACCCUCUCUUUGACAAAGCUCGUAGUAAGAGCAAAAGACGGUUCUUAUCAUAUCUCAAAAUAAAUAACACACAUUUUAGGUUUAUUUCGAUUCAAGGUACCCUAAAGCUGAAAUCACAGGGCUUAAGUUAGUCUUUAAUGUAUUUCCACACAUACUUAAAGUGCCUUUCUCUAAAACACUUAAGUGUGUUUCUAGGAACCUUUGUAUGUUUUAGGCUAUUUUUGAGUAUCUGCCUCUAAUAGACCACGAUGUGUGUUUUAAGGUACCCUGUUUUAGGCUAUGUUUAAGCAUCUGUCUCUAAAGCACCACGGUGUUCGUUUCGAGGUACCCUUUAACGUAUGUUUGAGGCGAUCUUAGAGUAUCUGCACUAAUACACUUAAGUGUGUGUUUGGUUUCCAUCCAAUCCAAUCCAGGUUUAUUUAUGAAGCACAUUUACAAACAACAAAACAGUAAAAAUUUAAAAAACAAUAAAAAACAGACAAUUAACACGAACAAUAAAACAAAGACUCAGGAACACAUUAAAAAAAGGGGGACGUAGAUGGUUCAGUAAAAACAUGAUUAAAAGGCCAAAAACCAAGGAGUAAAAGUGGGUUUUCAAUUUUUAUUUAAAAACAGGCGGUGAGGAGGCCAGUUGGACAUGAAGAGGAAGAGCAUUCAGAGCUUAGGCGCAGCAAUGGAAAAAGCUGAACUCUAAUCUUGACCACGGGACAGUCAGAAGGUCAGAGGAUCUGAGAAUCCGAGAUGAAAUAUGAGGUUUUAAAAGGUCAGAGAUAUAAAAAGGAGCGAGUCUGUUUAAAGAUUUAUAAGUUAAUAACAAAACUGGUUUGGUGAAUGUUUGAGAUUAUCUGUUUCUUUCUCUGUUACAUCAAGGUUUGUGUUUUGAGGUACCCUUUAACACCUGUUUGAGGCUAUCUUAGAGUAUCUGCACUUAAGUGUGUGUUUUGGUGUUCCCUUCGGUGAAUGUUUGAGGCUGUGUCGAAGUUUCUUUUUCCGUUACAUCAUGGUCUGUGUUUCGAGGUACCCAUCAGUCUAUUUUUUAAGUUCCUCAUGUUUGUUUCCAGGUACUUCUUAUCAGUUCAGGUUCCCUUGAUUCUGUUUUAAGUACCCUUGACACCUUUUGAGUCUGUUAUGCAGCAAACCUUGAUGGUCUGAUUCAUGGUAUCCUAUAGAUGCUGCUUUUGUAGAAUCCUUUAUUUUUUUUUCAUUAACUGCAUACCUUUGGAGUCAUGGUGCCAUUCUGCGUCUGAAAACAUUUCAUCUUCUUGGAUUUUUCCACAUCAAAAUAGUCCAGUGUCUGCAGAGCUCAACAGAGACAGAGGAAAUCACUGUCUCGGAGCCCGGGCUGAAUAUUUGCUUCUUCACAGUCCUUUGCACGCCAGGGUUGUUUGUCUGAAGUGUUUGCUGGCAGGCAGACUGUUACAGGUUGUUUUUCAAGGCCUACAAACCUAUCUGUUGUAUCACCGGGGAGAAGAGGAAAGAAUUCCCCUAAAUCUGCUUCCUUUAGUGAGCAUCCAGCGAAGAAGAAGAAGAAGAAGAAACGCCAAAAAAAAAAAGGACCUGAAAAAGAAAGAUAUAGGAGAGAAAAAGAGGAAGCUGUCUGUAUUAGGUGCAGCUUCAGCGCAGGUUGUUUUCCUCCAUAGUGAGUUUACAGAUGCUUACCUAACUAACCUCCCAAAUUAAAUACAUUUGAGGAGAAAAAGGGCCUCUUUAUGAGCCUGAAGUUUCCCUUUUAGCCUUGGCCAUGUUUGAUUAUGAGAGCAGCUUUCCAAAUAAAAUAAUUUGUUUAGCUGUUACGUCAGUCUGUCCGGCCUCCUCCUCUUUCCUGCAGAGCUGAACGAAGGGCUCCCUGACUAAACAGGAAUAUUUUAAAGAGGACAUACACCGGGAACAUCACGUCCCUCCAAAUCAAAUACUUACCCCACAUGUUUUGGAGAUGAGGCAGGUUUUUAUUUCCCCUCUUUGCUCCAACAUUUAGCUCUCACGCCCUGUCAGACACGCCACUUAUGAGCGUGUGUCAUUACGAAAUUUCCCGUAAGCAGAGCACCUCGGCUUUUUUUUUUUUAGCUCAGCUUUUGAGAAGUGUCCUUGUGUGCAGGUUAUUUGGAGACGUCACCGUCUGCAUCCUCCGCCAGGGUUGCUGUAUUUUUCCACGUCCAACCUGCUCAAGACUUCUGAUCUCUGGACCUUCAGAAACACUGGUGACCAUUGUGAAAAGGGUGGCCUCGGUUUUUGCUUUUAAGGACCAACAAUGCGACACUAUUCAUGUCGUAUACGGGUUAGGACUGUUCCCAUCGAUAUAUUUGUCAGUCACAAUCAGUCAAGUUAUAUCAUGGAGAAAACUGAGAUGAUAGACCUCCAAUGGCAGACGUAGAUGGAUGGUAAUGGCUGAAAGGUUUUCCACAGUCUUGCUGAACAACAAUGUUAACUUCCCUUUUGAUUUACAGUUUCCUCUUAAUCCAAAAUUUUUCUCUUUCAGAUCAAAUCUGUUCAACCAAAAAGUCUCAAACAUGGAGCACUGAAGUCAAAAAUAUACAAUUUAGAAAAUAAAGUCUAGGAUUUAAGAAAAAGUUGAAUACUUUAAUAUUACGGCGGCUACUUUCUGUUGUAAAGAUAAGUAUGUAAUUUGAUGUAAACAUAACAAAUUACUCAAAAUAAGAUAUUCAGAAAGUAAGAUUUGAGGUAUUGUGAUUCUAAAUUUGUCCAAGAAUGAAAGACGAAUCGAACGGUAGUUUAUCGGAAACAGCAGUCGCCUUUAAAGAAACUUGAUUUUGGUAUCGUAUCGUAUCAGAAACAGUGGUGACGAUUGACAAAACACAGUCCUGACUUUAUUCGUAUCAAAUCUUAUCAUUUUGAAUCAUGUCUUAUCAUAUCGUGUCGUAUAAGAAACAGCGGUUUUGCAUUAAUCGUAGUGUAUAAUAGUCGGAUUGUCUCUCAAAUCUCGCAAAACUCGACGCUAAUAAAAGUAUUUCUGCUGUAGUUGAUAUUGUAGUCGGAGGAUUUGCGCCCAGUCACGUUCUCAUUGUUGUAUCUGAUGGUGAAACUUGUAAAAACUUGCGCUUAAGAAAGAAUGCAAAAUCUUAAACCGGAGAUCUUGAAAAAACUGCCCACGCCUUUAUCACAUCACAAAUAGAUUACUGUAACUUCUCGUACGCAGGCUUGGGCAAGUCAUCGAUCAACCGCCUUCAGCUCAUCCAAAACGCCGCUGCUCGACUCCUCUCUGGCAAGAAGAGAAGAGCGACCACAUAACCCCCAAUUUUAGUGACCCUUCACUGGCUCCCAGUCUUGAGGUGACCCCCAGACUCCGGAACAGUUUGUCUGGCCAUGUUAGAACCUCACAGACCCUAGAGACUUUAAAAUCGCCCUUAAAGACCCACCUUUACUUCCUUUUGUUACACGAAUCAUAGGCACUGUAGUUUUAUUCUUUUACUGACUGUAUUUUAUUCCAUUGUUUUUAAUUUUAUUGUUUUAUUGUAAUCUUCUUUUAUUUAUCCUUCACUGUAAAGCACUUUGACUGACUGCUGCCUUCUUAAAAGUGCUCUAUAAAUAAACUUGACUUGACUUGACUUGAGAUCAGAUCGCAUUUCAAACACGUCAGCCAUGUCUGAAAGUGCAUUUUGACUAUUUGCGGGGGGAAAAAAGUGCCGACAUGCGAACCAUCAAUUUUACGCUAUUGUCUAAAUGUCAGAUCUGUUGUGCAGCCCGAGGGUUCAUCCGACAACACACAUCAACACCCCCAAUCUGUGUUUGAGAGAAAGCAAACAUCCACACCUCUGUCCGAACAUGUCGCUCUAUUCAGACGCUGCAUGCCGAGACGUCUUUUUGAGUUUUUGGGAAUCCUAGAAACCUCAAAUCCCCCUAAAAUGUCAAGUUCAUUUUCCCUCAAGGGGACGUGUUAAAGAGCUGUGGCAUUUAACUCCAAUUACGCCAUUUCUAAGACAAUAAUUCCUGCACAUGCUUGAGGGAAAAAUGCCUGUAAAAUUACAGCUUUAAGAGGAGAUUGUAAAGUUUAGAUUCGGUUAUUUAUUGUUGGUUGAAGCCUCAUACCAAUGCAGGAAUUCCAUCUAUUCAGAGCCCUGUUUGGUAAAUCUUAUUAUCCCCCGCUGAUCUCCUGAAGUAUUCGGUUUAUUGUGCAAACUGUGUCACUCCAGACUUAAGAAACGCCUCUGAAAGCAGAAGAAAUCUCAACAGAAACCAAAGAUACAAUCUGACGUCUGCUCCUUUUGGAUAUUAAGCCAAAAAAUAGGGAAAAAAAACACGUAAAGGAAACAGGGUUGAUCUGUAAAGACACUUGCCCUCAUGUGUUGUGCACGCUUUUAUGUGAGGAAGAUAAGAUCGUGUCUGGGGGUCUGGGUGAAACAGCUGAUUUCAUGGAGGUGAAGAGGGAGAUAACUAAUGGAGGAAGAUGGAGGAAGACGAAGCGACGUCAUGCUCCAUUACCCGACAAAGACGCCCUUAUUCAGCUCUUCAGAUGAGACACGAUGAAAGAAGAGGCAGUAAUGGAGAGAGGGGUCCUAGUCCGACAAUGGGAGCUCAGAUCAGAUGGUGAAGAGAGGACCAAGACUGUGCAGACACAUGGCAGACUAUGCAGAUUUCUAUCAUUGCAGCAGACACAUAUUGAGGAAAAUAUUACACACUUUUUACUGAGUCCAUAUGAUUGUAAAUUAAUCUUUAGUAUUUGUUUUUUUUACUAUUCUGCAUGCCAACAUAGUACAACCAACAAACAACAAAGUACAACCAAAGUUUGUGAAAAUUUCACAGGUAUUUGGAAAUGAUAUAAAACAACAAAACAAAAAUAAAUCUGCACCAAUGUUCGUUCCAUUUCAUCCUGAAGUUGUUGAGAUAUUUCAGCUUCAAAUUCCUGGAAAAAAAACCCCACUUUUUCCUACUUUGGUUGCAUUUAUUCAAACCCAACUUUUAGUCCUUUUUUCUAGCUUUGUAAGACUAUUUUAUUUAAUGGUCUUGCAUUUAUAAAUACAGUAAUAUGUAUCCAUUGGUGGCUUUUACCAAAUCACCUCAUAUAACUUCAGGUAUAACCCUGCAUUUUGCAAAUUCAACUCUCUAAAAUCACACAUCAGGGACUUACAUAAUCCACCAAGGGGGUGCAAAUGUAAAUAUGUGUUCAGAGGUGCCGUCGGAAGAGUAAUUUUUCCAAACAGAGGCCCGUGGAAACACGAGGAGUUAAAAUAUGCUGCCUCAGGUCGUGGAAAAACGCCGCUGUGAGAGUGUACAUAAGACAGGAGCUGUUUGCUCGGCUGCUUUCAUCCAAAUGUCAGAAUGAUAAGUCGACUCAGACUGUUCCAGACGUGUUCCCAAAGCCUAAUUUAGUGUUAUCACCAUCUGUGAUAGCUUUGAUUUAUGAUCGAGAAUGAGAGAGAGAGAGAGAGUCCUUUUCAGUGGUUAAAAUUAUGUUCAGAGAGAGUCUGCUUAACAAAACCACAAACAGCCACCGACAAUUUCAGCUGGAGCUGCCAGUAAACACAGCAGACACUGAGCGUUUUGUUUGGGAAACUGGAGAGCUUCCAUUAGUCUGCAGAGAGAGAGUGUGUUACAUGUUGUGUUCAGAUGCUUUUGUUGUCUUCAGAGGGUUUGCAGAGUUCAUGAGAGACAGGUUGAUUAUUGCUCCCACUAAAAAACAAAAAACAAGUUCCUUUUCUUGAUAUAUUUGUGAAAUAAUAAGUGGACAGACCAAUAAUUUCUGUUUUGAGUGAGGGGCAGGUAAAUAAGCUUUGUCUUCUACCUGCUCCCUCACGGUCAUGUGCUGUGCUACAUUUGUUAAAUGCCUUUUUGUAUGUAUGGUAAUGCUUAAAAAUGGCCAUGAGUGGAACAAAUAAAAAAUGAACAAAAGGAACGAUUGAAAUCAAUGGGAUAAAACUAUUAAAAAAGUCAUUGACAUCAAUGAGAGCGAGGUUUUAACCAUAGACUGUAUACACUAUGGACAACUUGGCUUUACCGUCCAUCAUUAUACGAAUUUGAAGCUGAAUUUCCAGGAUUUUCUUCACUUACGCAGUAGCGUUGUACGCUUUCAGCAGGAGAGUCGCUGUGAUGACGCUCGGCUCAAACAGCGUAUCCCCUGGGUGAGCUACGCAAUCUUCCUACGCCCAUAGGUUGUAUCAGGUGUCAAUCAUAGAAAACAUGAACCCCCUAAUAACUUUUAAAAACGGAGCUGUACAGAAAAAAGAGGACUUGAGCACAAACCAGUCUGACAGUAACUACAUGUCAACAUCACAACCAGGGGGGAGAAACAUUUAUAUUCUGUGUAAUAAAUUUCUAAAGUUUGUCCACAGCUCCAUAGGGAUUGCUGGAGGAAGCGGGAUUAAUGAGCUAUACUGCAAACCGUCACCAGAGGGUGCUGUUCUUGCGGUGGAGGCCGACGGCGUUCAUUCUAUAUACAGUCUAUGGUUUUAACACUCAAACUCGACACCACCCCUCCAAAAAAGAAAAAAAGCUUCAAGCUGGAGUUCCUCAGGGAGCGUUUUUGGGUCCUCACUAAAUUUGAAUUUCAUUUCAAUUUUGAAUUUUCAGGGACAAUAAUGCAGCUUGUUUAGAUUUUAAUUGGUAUUUUAUUUAGGGUACUCUCUAGCAUCUGUCACGCAGCUUACCUUAUAUGUACCGUGGUUGUUUUUUGCGUUCAGGACGAAGACGAUAGAGCGAGUGUAACCAGAUGAGGAGUUCGACACGCUAACCGUUUGAGUUCAUGUGAGUCUGCAGCAAACUCCACUCACCUGUUGUUCUCUUUGUCUCCACAGACUUUGAAGAUGAGGGUGUGGAUUGUCUUCAUCCUGUGCCUGGCUGGCCAUGCCAUGGCUGCCCCUGUAAGUGAUACUGCAUGUGUGUGUGUGUGUGUGUGUGUGUGUGUGUGUGUGUGUGUGUGUGUGUGUGUGUGUGUGUGUGUGUGUGGUCUGCCUUUGUCUUUAUGAGCAUGUUCCUCUCUUUGUGUGUUUUCCUGAGUGUGUGUGCGUCUCCUCCUUUCUCUCUUCCUGUGUGAUAUUCGAUUCACGUGUACGAGUGGAAGUGUGAGUUUCCCUGUUUGCCCUUGGGUGUGUGUGUAUAUGUGUGUGUGUUUGUGUGUGUGUUUCAUUUAUUGUGUUUUCCUAUCAAAGUGAAGUUCCUGUGUGUACCUCCUCCAGGGAGUGUGUUUUUAUCACUCUCGUGCGCUGAAAGAUUUCUUUUCCGACUCUCAGUCCUUCCCCUGAGUUUGUGCUGUGGCUGCGUGUGCGUGAUGAUCUGAAGUGUGUGGGUUGUUUUGUGUGUGUUUUUGAGAGCGUAUGAGCAUGAGCGUCUCCAGUGCACUAUUGUGUGACUGCACGUGUGAGUGAGAUCAUUGUCUGCUUCUGACCUCCUUUACUCAAGUGAUUUCUUUCUCUGAGCACAAUGUGGGCAUUUGUUGACGUGCAGAUUUGAACUGUUUCGUGUGUGUGUGUGUGUGUGUGUGUGUGUGUGUGUGUGUGUGUGUUUGCCCAGACCGAGGAGGAGCCAAUGGACGAAGCUCUGGUGGCCGAGGAGCCAGAAGCCGAGGAGCCAGUAGCUGAGGUCAGUAUUUUAGAGAGAUGUCCUCGGUCUCAAACAAACAAGAACACAAAACUUUCACGGUUCAAAAUUCUCUAUAAGAUCUGUUUUGUGUGUAAUUGGCGACCAAAUCUGACCCGUUUAAGUAAUCUGCUUUCACUGAAUCUUCUUGUGCAACAAAGGAUUAUUAUUCUCAUUUCAGGCUCGCUCACCUUCAAGUUUACCCCUAAUAAAGUAGAUAAUAUGGAUUAAGCGUUCCCUGCCCGUCUGUUUGUGUUUCUCACCCUUCUGUGUAACUUCACAAAGUUUCUCAGAAGAAGAUAAAACUUCAGGUCAGAUGAAAAAGUCUUUUUGUUGUUAUUCUGAAAAGUGUCAGGCUUAUUUCUUUGACCCAGAUAGUUAUUGCUCUCAUGUGAGUUCGAUUUGGCGUCUGAGAUUUUUCCUGUGCCUCACAGCUGCUCAUGGAGAUGAUCUGAUCUGUGAUGGAGCCUUUGGAUUUCCACUCUUCUGCCAGUGGAAUUUCUCAGUGUCUCACUCUCACAGCUGUAUGACUCCUUAAACUGGAGUGUGGACAAAUCAGUCCAUCCAGAAAUAAUAUCAACCUCAGUGCAAGUGCAGGAAAUGUGCCUGAAUGAUUCCACCUGACAGAUAAAAUUCCAAAUCUGCUCACUGAGGCAUCUAAAGAUCAUCCAUUUCUUCUCCAUAAGGAGCUUAAAUAAUGGCGGCAGCACAAUAAGUAGUUAAACCAAGACUUUCCUCUCCCUGGUAACGAUUUCCAGCCCCUCAGGAAUUCAAACACAUCCCCCAGGCUAGAUUCAGGUCCACCCAGGGGUCUCCUCAAAUUGGGUAUUCCCAAAAAACUCCCAAAAGGAGACAUCGAGGGGGCACAACCCUGCAUGCUAACCCUGAACCACCUCAGCUGGAUCCUGUAGAUACAAAAGGGUAGCAGCUCUUUUCAGUCUCAAGAUCAUUAAUCCGUUGUUUUGGAGAGUCAGAGCAGAUGUUUGGUCAGGAGAGCUUGACUGAGCGCUGCUUAUUUUCAUUUUUAGACCCUCAAACAACUUGUCUUCAUUGUUGGGUCUUUAGUUUUCUUGUGACGCCUCUUAGGACUGAAUCUCAUUGUCUUGAGUUCAAGAUUGAAAAACCUGAAGAGAUCGAAUGUUAAGUGAAACCAUAUCGGAUGUUAUUUGCUCCACAUUUGGAAGUCACUGACGUCAGUCUGCUACGAUUUACCUGAACUCUUAAGUGUGACUUAACUUGGCUCCCUCAGACUGUCCUUUUUGGUUUUCUCAUUGGCAGAAGUUCAGGAUGCCCAGUAUUGAGAGGUUGCUUACAGUUGGGUAAAAACAUUGCAUUCAUCACAAACUUCUGUCUUGGCAUGCAUACGCCAAUGUUUCAAUCAUUUUCGUUGAUGGUUUUCACAGUGAUUGUUACAUCCCGUCACAGUUUGAAACGUAUUGAGCAAAACCACUCAUAAAAAAAACAUCAGCAAUGUUUUCAUGGUGCUAAUUUAAGAGCUGCAGCUACAGAGGGAGAGUACCAGCUGUAGUGGAAGUAAAAUGACAAGUAUCAAUUUCAGGAGGAGCGAUGUCAAGCAGCAUUUGUUCCACCACAACGUAAUCAGUUAAUGUAGAAAUCCUGGAUCUGGAUAAUCCCUGAAAUCCCAACAAUCUGGUCGUUGAGACACGGUCAAAAACACGAUAUCCUUCCAGCUCCCUCAAGAGUUUUACCUUAAUAGGAGAUACUUCACUGACUUUAUUCUAACAGGAGCUGACGUUUACUUUUCUAACAGAGCACAAUGUCCACGAAAACCCGACAGUAAACAGAACUAAAAGGCCUCUGUGUGAAAGCCUCGCUCUGAGACUUCAUGUGAACGUUUUAUCAUUUCCUGCUCCAGAGGUCCAGCGGGACCAGAGAUCCCACAGCUGUUAAUUUUAGCCCGCCGAUCAGCCCGCCAGCCGGUCAGGAAGCCAUUACGUUUUUCAUGGCUUCACCACAUGUGGACGCAGCUGCUUGUUAUUGUUGGAUAUUAUGGUCUCUCUGCUCCCAGACUCUGUUUGGACUUUCGGGAGGAGCCUUCUUUGGUGGUGACGUUUAAACUUUCUUCAGGAAAACCAGGGAUAUUUAGGCGGUUUGGUUUAAGUGGACAUCCUGCAGAAAUAGACCCUGAAGACUGUAGUGAGGAAAUCAAAGUGCGUGAAGAAAACUCUUACUUUUCCUCUUCUUUCUGGUCUCUUUGUACCUCCUAAUGAUACUAAAUUCCUUUGCAUGUGGGUCAUUCAGCUUGAGCUGCUUACAGUCUGACCUUUGACCUCUCAUGUUUUCCAGGAGCCUGAGGUUGGAGCCAACCCCGUGCAGAUUGAGAUUGGAGAGUUUGACGAGGCUAUCGAGGUUGUGGAAGACGUUGUUGCUGAGAGUAAGUUCACAAAAACCCACAAUUAAGUUUGUUUCAGUGGGUUUGGGGUUGAAGGUCACAAACAUGUGAGGAAAUAAACAUGUUUAUAUUAACUGAUUAAAAAAAUAGGCUGUAAAGUUACCGAGCGACUAUAAACAACAACUAACAAAAUUACCACAUCUACGAGAAAAAUUCCAAUAAAACUCCUCUCUGCUGCCCCCAAGUGGCCCAAAAAAACAAUGUCAUUACAGCUUUUAAUUACGAUAAUGUUCUAAAAGACUGUCGGCUAAAUCCCACAAGAUUCGGAAUGGCUGCGCUUCGAUCCAGAACGGCAGGCGGAUCAAAUAUGCAAGCAUUAUUAUCAAUGUGCGGGAUUCCACACAAUCCGUCCGCCAUCCGGCUCCGCUGCAGAUCGGCUCCGGCAGUCGGAUCAGAUACGCAAGGUUUCUAUUUUUGCCGGACGCAGCAGCACGGCGCAUCAAUUCAGUUCAGCAGAAGUUGUAUGUGGCUACACAGUUGAAUAUCUGGUUAAUUUUCAAAAUAAAAUAAAAUCAAUAUGUUCAACUGUUCUUCACUUGGUAAUAGGAGAGGCCAGGGUUGUGGGAUGUGGGUGUUUAUAUACACCGCCGAUCUCAUUAAAUGUCUCCCAGGGAAACAUGCAAGAUCUCGUGAGAUCUCAUCCAGUCUUGCAAGAAAUAUCAGUAAUAUCGUGAGCGCUUCUUCUCCACUUGCUGCAGCAGAUCGGCCCCGGUUGGUGCUGUACGCUUGCGUAUUUGAUUGGCCUGCCGGUACUGAGUGGAGUGGAGCCAUUCCAGAUCCUGUGGAAUCUCCGGCUGUAAGGUCACCCAUGACACCCAGAAAUAUGCAGAUAUCCAGUCUUUGAGACACAUAAACAUUCGUGAAUUUGAUGUGGGUCUGUCUGUACCUCGUGACUUUCAGGCUGAACGCGACCACUAGCGAUAACAGAUGGUAGAAGAGAGAGCUACACAUCUGCAUCAAGUCCUCUCAUUGCUGAACACAAUAGAAAUUUUCACACAAGAAAAUACAUUCAAAAUCUUUCGCCCUUCAAAAACUACUUUUUCUGAUGCAUCGACAUUACCGAUCAUCCAGAUUUUACGGUCAAUAAAGACAUUAUCAUUCAAGUUUUCUAUUAAAAUCUGUUUAAAAUGUCAAAAGUUUUUCCUUUGUUUGUCUGACCUGUGAAAAAGUUUGAAGAAAACUUUCUUUAUGACUUCUGAUUGUACUUUUGAGAUGUUUUAGUGUCCCCCACUAUAAAACGUCUCCACCGUCUUCGACAACAUCUGAUUUAACGGCGUCUCGCCCCUCUGCCUCCCAGCUACAGUAUAGGAGUUUGGAGGGUUCAGUGAAUCCUCAGACUGGCAAAUGAAACAGCCAUAAUAACAGACCGCCUCAUGCUGUGAGGAGACGGCUGUAAUUACGUGUUCCACCCAGAUUGAAGCAGCAGUGACUGAACCGCGGGCAACACCAGGAGCAGGAAAACAGCCCGACUGUACAAACUGUUCUGGACCAGAAAAUACCACAAUGGAAAACCACUUUGGCGCUCCUCCAUCCUCGUAUUUUACCGAUAUCAUACAAAGUUUUGACAGAUUUAGUGAACCUACCGAAGAAAGAAAUGACAAUCUGACAUCGAAUGGCGUCUUUUAAAGAGGAAUAACUGAUAAGUUUGAGGUCCAAACUACAUCUGGUUGAUAAGCAAAAGUAGGGAGUCAAAAAUCUGAUGACACCCGUCUGGACGUUUCAGGGCGCGUUUCCACAGAACCAAAAAAAGCGAGUGUUUCAGCUCUUUCCAUGACUUAUUUGGUAUUUUCUAAACUGAUGUUUUCUCUUCUUGGACGAGCAGCAGCUUGAGUCCAACAGUUUCCUUAUUCAUGAAGCCAUUUUGCUUGUUAAUGCUUUUCAUCCACAUUCUGGGUUUUCUUUUGGCAAAAACAGCACCAGAGUCCUGGAAAGUGUUCAUGUCUGGAUUCAGUCACGCUGUCUGUUUAGCGUCUGUUAAAUCUGUGUCUCACUUUGGAGCCGUUUCCCGAAGAACAGACUCUGACUCUGCUCUAAUGUCUGAUGUUGUUGUUUUUUUUCCUGUCCCAACAGAUCCCUGCCUGAACCACCACUGCAAGAAGGGCAAAGUGUGCGAGGUCGACGAGAGCAACACCCCCAUGUGUGUGUGCCAGGACCCCUCCACCUGCCCCGCUGCUGAGGGAGAGUUCGAGCAUGUGAGUCCGACCAAAGACAGUCAGUCUGUAUCUAAUCUUGUGCCGCCUCGUCUGUCUGUCAGUUAAGACUGGAUCUCCAAAACCACGGAGCAGAUUUGUAAAAACCUUUCCCAAAGACCGAGGACAAAAUCAAGUAUUAUAAAUAAAUAUCGAGAAGACUGAAGCUGUGGGAUCUCACUGUCCACGUUGUCUCCCUCAGGUUUGCGGUACUGACAACAAGACCUACGACACCUCUUGCCACUUCUUUGCCACCAAGUGCACCCUGGAGGGAACCAAGAAGGGCCACAAGCUGCACCUGGACUACAUCGGACCCUGCAAAUGUGAGCUCCAAAACUCUGUUUUCAUGAGUUUGCGAAGAAACCCCGAGCCCUCGUUUUCUUUCUUUCAUUUUUCAAACACCUCAAACAAAUGUUGAGCUAUACAUGCGAACUGAGCUCUUUAAAACCUUACCUGAUGGUUAACCUGGAGGUUUCUAGUCUGUGAGGCAAAACACCAAGUUCUCCUGUUCUUUGGAGCUAUUUUUAGUUUUCCUCUGCAGUUAAAAACUCGAAUUAUUAAGGAGUGAAAGUAAAUAAUUGUAUCAGAACCACCGCCAUAACGAUGACCUCUAACACGUGAUUGGAUUAGACUCAAUAAACAGCUCAGGGAAGAUUAAACUUUACUUUAGGGAUCAUUUAAACAGUUCUGAGUCAUUUCUUCAUGAGCUCUGUGGAGAGAAAGCCGACUCCACCCUGGAUACUCCCGUCUAAAAGGGACCAGAUGUUCAAGUCGGCCAAGGAGGCAGGAGGAAUAUGCUUCUAGAUGACUUGUGAGUCAAAUGUAUAAGCAGUUUUGUCCUGGUGUAGACGCUAGUUUGAUUUGAUUUGGGCGAUUUGGUUUACAACAGAAGAUAAAACACAUAAUUCUCACAUCACAGGAAGAAAGCAUACAGCAGGAAUGAUAUAAAUAAGUACAUGUGAAUACAUAGAGUCCGCACAGUUUCAUGGAGGCAUUGUUCCCAUCAAUCUCUAUUCAACAAACCAAUGUCUGUUGGGAUGAAUAAUCUGAGAUGCCUGUUUGAUUUGGCUUCGCAAGUAAAAGUGAACCUCCUCUAGUUUUAGGAGAUUGUGACUCCACAGAUUUUUUCAGUGAGGGGAAACUGAAUCAUCAAUGAGCAAGAACAGAAAAGUUAAAAAGGCAGAUUGCAAACAAAUGACUGAACAAACUCGACCUCUGUUAGAUAUCCAAAGAACAAAUCAUGAUUCACCAACGUGGAAAUAAACCCCAAUUUCAGUGACUUUAUGACUCAGUUCAGUUAAAAUUUCUGCUCAGGGCAACAGAUCAGUCGUCUGUUACAUGCUAAUUUAUGACUGCAGCCGUUAUAAGCUGAUCAUUUUUAAUUAACAUCCCUUUAAAAAGUCAGUUUCAUGGAGCUAAUAAUGUUUUUUAGAGGCAGGUUGAGUGACUGAAUGCUUCCUCAUCACUCUCCAAUAACAUCCAUGACUGCAUUAAAGGUACAAUGGGUGACAUUUAGCAGAACAGACUUGGUAGAAACAGAAUGUGACACCUGAAUACAAAAUUAAUUCCAAGUGCGUCUUUUCUAUCCAGCAGGACACAAUGAAAAAACUAGUGACACGUGUAUCUUUGCAUUCAGUGAGUGUGAGAAGAAGCAGGAGGUGUUUGUUGUGCCCAAAAGAAAAGAAAAGCAAAGGUAGAAAUUUUAAAGGUAAAAACUUGACAGGUAGUGGAUCUUACUUAUCGUGUGUCACAGGAGCUCUAGCGUAACAUGGCAUACGUAUUCCUGCACCUUUAAAUCAGCUUGGUUAAAGAAGACGGUGGAGUAAACGGACGGUUACUGAGCAGAUUUUAGUAAAAAGACACAAGAUUGCAUCUCCUUGUUUGUUUACAGACGUCACAUUCAGCAGAUUUGACAGCAGAUAUGAUUGAAACAUGAAAACUUAUUGAAUUGCUCCAAACAUAACCGUGUUGUCUGAGAUAUCAUCUGCAGUUGUGCCGUUUUGAGGUAAUUCCCCUCCAUGAUUUGUUUUGACAUCCUGCUGAAUUCGGGUUUGUUUACGGUCGAAGGCUCGGCUGUAUCUAAAUUUCCAGAUUAUUUUCUGCCACUUCAGUUUUGAUUCAUCUGUGUGAUAAACUCAGCAGCCGAAGCUUUUCUCUGAAGCGUUCAUGUUCGUGUUCGACGUCUCCGACUCUCUGACUGAUGGGCGGCUCGCAGAGUCGGGUCUGGCCUGCAGGCUGCAGCUCAGCAAAGAGAGGAUCUGUCCAAACAUGCAGACUGCAUUUCUUCCACUGUUCAAACUUAAAAAUGACUCACACACACAAAACACACACACAUGCACACACAGUGAGAGAUUAGCUGGGCUGAAAGGUGCAAAUGGAGAUCAAGGUGGCGUGAUACAGACAGUUGCAGGCUGUGAUUUUAGGAUUUUUAAGGAUUAAAUUUGCAGUUUACACAAGAUUAAAAUCUGCAGGUUUUUUCAGUGGUGUUUUUAAACUCCUUUAGACUGUGCUCUCUGCCGUGCAUGCUAAAAAAGAAUCAAUUCAAAACUUCAAUUUUCAAGUCUUUUUUUUAACCUUUUUUUUCAAGAUUAAGUGACAUUUUACUUUCUGCAAAAAAAGAAGUGUUCAGAUUCUGGUGAAACGUCAAAUCAAGGCCUGAAUGUUAAACGCAUUACCUAACAUCUCAACCUCAUUGUUCUGCAGUCAUCGAGCCCUGCAUGGACACCGAGCUGAACGAGUUCCCCCUCCGUAUGAGGGACUGGCUGAAGAACGUUCUGGUGACUCUGUACGAGCGCGACGAGGACAACAACCUGCUGACCGAGAAGCAGAAGCUCAGGGUGAGGAGCUGAUUGGAUAAAGACUCAUUUCUAAAGCCCGUGUUCUUCCAUUCGAGAAGGUUAAGGUGUAAACUUUUCAGUGUAGGGUGUUUGGAGGGUACAUUUACAGUCUUUAGUCAAGCUGAAGUAGUGAAGCCUCCAAGUUUAUCUACAUCAUUUUUCUUCUUCAGAAACUGGUUCAUUCCUGCAUCUCUGGACUUUCUUUUAUUGUAUUUCCAGCACACAGUUUACAGCUAUAGUCGGCUCAUAAAGACCAAACUCUAAUCCUUACAGUUUCAGAGCAUUAUUUUCAGAGGCUGAGGAAAUGUUUAUUGGAGUUUUGUAUCCUCUGUUAAAGUUUUACACGUCACACUACUCUCUGUACAUUAAAGACUGGAUUCUCCGAGAUCAUUCAGAGUCGUUGCGAAAAGGAAAACAAGCUUUAUGGCGAGUUAAACUGAGUCUACUUUAAAUAUGCGAACCAUGGUGGUCUGUGCUGCAGAAUUAACUGAGUGUUUAUAUCGACCGUAAAAGAGGAGUGUUAAUGAGAAUGAUUAUUCACCAUUGCACAAACAUGUCAGACCACAUUUUGUGAGUUGGUGCAUGUUCCUGAGUGGUUUUCUGUCCCUGCAGCUCCCCGGCCCUCAACAUUCAACCAACUAGCUCCAAAAAUUCACAGAUAUAGGCAGUCUGCACAUCAAAACAACCCGCAUGAAGCUUCGUCCCAUUGUUUAUCAUCAUAAUUGCCCCUGAAGGAGAUUGCUUUGCACCAAUAGCAUGACACAACUUACUGAGUGAUGUUUUUAUUUCAUCUUUCAGGUGAAGAAGAUCUACGAGAACGAGAAGAGGCUGCAGGCCGGUGAUCACUCUCUGGACCUUCUGGCUCACGACUUCGAGAAGAACUACAACAUGUACAUCUUCCCCGUCCACUGGCAGUUCGGCCAGCUGGACCAGCACCCCGUCGAUGGGUACGUGACAGCGCACUCUCGUCGAACCUCUAAUUACAGCGAGACGCACUGAGAGAAAAAUGAGGUGCUGUUUUGGAAAAAGGAAACCUGGUUACAUAACGACUCUGUGGAGUCAGCACAUGUGAGAGCUUGUAAACCAAAAUAUCUGCUUUGGUCAAGCUUGUGGCGGACUGGGAGCUGAUUGGUUUCCAGUGUGGGUGAUGCAGCCUCUGAUCUCACACCACAGACGGAGAGAUUCAACAGAAGCAGCAGCUGGAUUCUUUUCAUGGCUGCUUAUUAAAAAAAAGUGAUGAAACGGCUCAGAAACCUUUAAUGCAAAAGAAAAAAAAACUGAUUCAGGAUUUUCCAUUUUCUCUUCAUCGGUGUCUUCGUCAAGAUGAAGCAGUAAGAGUUAUAAAAGCGAUGAAAACUUGUUGAUCUAGGGCUACAUCCACACGAGGGCUGUCAGGAUGUCUGAUUUAGUCAUAAAACGUCUUCAAACUAAACCCUCAUUAUCAACCCGUGCGCUCACGCCUCUUUGCCCGUUCCUCCAGAUACCUGACCCACACAGAGCUGUCCCCUCUGCGUGCCCCUCUCAUUCCCAUGGAGCAUUGCACCACCCGCUUCUUCGAGCAGUGCGACGCUGACAGCGACAAAUACAUCGCCCUGGAGGAGUGGGCCGCCUGCUUCGGCAUCAAGGACCGUGAGUAUCAGACCAAAGUAGAAUCGGAGAUUGAGAGACGCCUGAAACUCGAGAUUAUUUCUGUGAUUAAGUUUAAAUAUUGUUUCAGUGAAAUUUUACAUGAGCCAAAAACAAACUUUGAAAAGGUAUAAACCAAGUUUUACAUUCUGAACAGAAGAGACGAGCAAAUCUUCAGGACUUUAUUUUGUAGAAAUCAAUCUUUAAAAUUUUGUGCAUGUAAAAGACACUUCAAAUAUUAUCGAUUUAUCAUUUAAUCCAACUGAAAAGUUUGAUUUUAAUGUUAAAGAAUGGCAGAAACAUACAAUAAGAUGAUUUGUGUACAAUAGAGAUGCUUCCUUUUAGAUUUUUACCAAUAUCCAAUAUUUUUAAACUCAUUUUGACUGAUGCUGCUAUCAAUUCAGAUAAAUAUGCACCUUAUUUUUAGUCUCUUCAGUAAUAUGAUUGACCUGUUACUCUUCUUGUGGCCGUGUACUUUAAAAAAAAAAAAGAAACAGACAUAAAAACAAGAGAAACAACAUUUGAUUUCUACUGUAAAUUUAUCAUUUUCUCUUUAUGACACUUAAAAAUACUCCCAUACGGUCAUAUUUUCUUGUUUCUGCUUAUAAUCAUUUCAACACUCAGAAUUGACCUUUUAAAGCUGCCUCAAAGACGCCCAGCUCUGCUCAGUUCCUGAAAGUCUUUUCUCAUUUUAAAGCUCCUGUGAGGAACAUUUAGGUUGUGCUGAUUUUGGCGUCCCCUUGUGGACAGAGCAGGAUGAGUCAUCUCUGCCAGUUCUGCCUUUGCAAAAUCAUAUCCAGAAAAUCUAUCCCGUCUCUGAGCUUCAGGCUGUUUGAGGGUUCGAUAAAAACCCUGAUAGGAGCUUUAAUCCACUGACUGAUAAACAGUGUAACCCACUUCUUCAUUUUCCUGUUUUUGUUUUUUUGUCUGAUAUGAAAGCGAACUCUCACUGAUGGAUGUUUUCUCUCCGUGUUCACAGAGGACAUCGACAAAGACCUCAUCAUCUAAGCUCCUCUGAGCAGCUGCAGCAGUUUGACAACUCCUAGUCGCUACUAACGGGACAAGGUGCUGAUCCCUAAGUUAAAAAUAAAUCACAGUAACGGUGCUAAUUGCAAAUUGUUUUUGUUUUUUUUUAUUUUUAUUUUUAAACAAUGACCUUUCCUACCUAUACCACUAAAAAAGAUUACAAAAGAGAGAAACGUGCACAGUCUGUACUAACCAUCCUAUUUUUUAUAAAUUCUCUUGUUUGUGGAACAAAAACACCCAGUAAAGAAAACUGAAGACCUCUGAUGUAAAUGUAUGUUGUUGACAUUAUUAUAUAUGAUUUCAUUUGUUCAGGGCUUUAAUUGGAGAUCCGUUUGAAAUAUUAUCUCGAGGAGACAAAACUGUAAAGAUGGAAAUAAAGUUUCUAAAUAAAUGCUCCCUCUGCUUGCUUUCUACAAAAGAAAUAUUUAGUUUUUGCACUCUUUUGGUGGUGGGCUCUUUUAUCAUUGUGUGUAUUUUGGUUUUUGACGACUGCUUUAAAAGCUGUUUGAUGUUAUUUUUCCAUUCAGACUCCGUGUCCAAGACGAGGACACACGUGCUGAUAUUUGAAACACUAAAGAGGAUAUAUUGUCUGGACGUUUAAUAAGGGGAAAAUCUCGCAGGCUGAGAGUUUUUCUCAUCAAUAACAUGUUUCUAUACUGACACUGAGAGCACAAACACACUCUUCAAUGAAUAAAAGACUAUGAAACGACCUGGAAA